AUGGAUUCUCCCCCACAGCAAUUCACUCCCGACGCUUUCUCACGGACAGAGAUCCAGGACAUGUUAGAUGAUGCACAGAUAGACGCUGAAUACCUAUACACGAAUAUUCCGUGUUUGCGAGACCAGCUCCAGCAGCUCCUUUGGGAAGCCAUCGAAGAGUGCAACAGCCGCGAUGUGGACCCCAUGGUAGUACUACAUCGCACACUCUUCAAUGAACGGACUAUCCUAGACGCGUACAACAAGCAUAGAUUGGGAAACGCUGUGACUCCCUUCAAUGCGCAGGUUGUUGAUCCAGAGAACGCUGUAGAAUACAUUCCAGAAGAAAACAUCCCCGAGGUGCUUGGAUGGUUUCCCCUGCGAGCCGCAGUAGCGAAGCACGACAUAGACAUCCAGGCAGAGCCCAUCUACCAAGUCGUACAGACUACGGAAGCCAAAGAGAGCCACACGACGGAGGGCAGCUCAUCAGAGACGUUGUCACUGCCCAAUCACACACCCCAGAAGCCAUCUACCAGCGAGUCGGCCACUACCUGGACACCGUCCACAUCCUCCGCAGCCCUCAACUACAACAAACUCCGCGACGCGCCCUCCCCCUGGCUCCCCUUCCCCACCGGCAACCUCACCAUGGCCGAAGUCACUGCCUUCCUCCCGCAAUCCAUAAAAUCCUUCGACAUCAUAACCCGCUUCAUCUCCAACGGCGCGCUCGCCAUGACCCUAGCCAGCAUGAUAAACCACUACCGCGCCAUGCCCACCGGCCCCAUCGAAAACAACACAAUCUACCGCAUGAUGAAGGGCCAAAUGAACCUCCGCGCAAAGUCCGACCCGGUAUACAAAGACUGGACCGUCACCAAGCACGCCGACAUCAAAAAACCCGCGUCGUUCAACCCAUACAGCGUCAGCGUAACCGGCUUCCACACACCCGAGAACGCAAUGGCCUCGCCGCAAUCCCCCCAGACAAUUCUAUUCCGCGACCUGGCCAAAGGGGUCAAAAUCAUGCCGUCGGGCCCCGACGCACUGGAUCUAACCCGCUGUGUCCAGUACUGUCUCGAGCACGAGAAUGAGGAUUGGCACUAUCCGACCGACUUUGCGGCGCUGGUGCAGAAUCUCGGUGGUCCGGCGGCCGUGUGUUACGAGCAUUGCGAUGCCGAGGCGAUUGAUAGGCAUUCGGUCGGGUUGAAGCUGACCAAGGUGCGGCGGGCGCCGGUGGGACGGGGACGUGGACAGGAACGUGGGCGUGGACGCGGUGGGCGUGCUCGCAAGGUCAAGUCUAGGAAAGCUGCUGUGGUUGAAGAGUCCGAGGACGAGGAGGAGGAGUUGGAAUCGACAUCUACCUCUGCCUCUUCGUCGCCGUCGUUGUCCUCUGAAGAUGGAGACGGAGAUGUAGAUGCAGAAGGUGAAACAGACGAAGAUGCAGAUAUCAUUGCUGCCAAUACCCCUACAAAACGUAAGAAUGCCCCUUUAUCCUCUUCCUCCCUGCCAUCCCCCAAGCGUUCCAGGAAAAUUGCUACGCGCAAGGCUGCCCGCAAGGCGGUGGAGUCGGAGUCGGAAGAUGGUGGUGAUGACGAUGCGUAUGUUGGGCCGAAGACGAAGACGAAGCGCAAGACGGCGGUUGCGACGAGGAGUUCGGGGCGGACGAAGAGGUUUGAGGGGUCUUAUCGUGUGGAGUAA